AUGUUUCACUAUUUUACAGUGUACACGAAAGAAGAAAAGCGCUGUCACUUUCGGGAAUCACUUCAAUAUGGUGAAUCACACAUAGUGAACGGAGGUAAUUUGCAGUCCAAAUGUGCUAAAAUUGAGAUGUUCAAGCCUAUAAAGUCCCUCUUGAUGUUUCUGCAAACAUCAGGGGUCUUCGGGACAACUGUGAAUAUGGACGAUGAGACGCCCAUAGACACUGAAAAAGUGAUCUCACAUGAGGACUUUGGCGAGGAUCCCCUGUCCGAUCCACUAGCGCUGGACGAGGAUAGUCCGAAUUGCAGUGGAGAGGCGACUAGGGACUGCGAGGUCGAUGAGACGGCCGAGAGCCACGAAGAGGACAACAUUCUGUUUGUGGAUAUUGAUGUGAUUCGGAAUGGGGGCUGCGAGACGUUGGCGGAAGAGGAGCCAGUGCCGGAGGAGGAAACAGUGCCAGCAACUCUGGACAUUGAGGACGGUGAGGUGAGAAGUGAGGGCUCAGAUUCAGGCUUGGGUCUGGAGCCCAAUGCCGUACUGAAUGGUGUGCCAGUGCAGCCCCAGAAGACUGCCUUGAAGAGGAGAUCCUCAACUGCCACCGAUGGGGCCAAGCGCUGCCGCCGUAGCAUACAGUUCGGGAAGGUGACGGAGUAUCUCUUCCCGCGAACGCAGGGAUUCAUGUGUGUGCCGACGAAGGGCGGCUGCACACUGGGCAUGGGAUCUAGGCACACUCACGUGCGUUCCUUCUCGCUGAGUGAGGCCGCCGAGCAGCGCCGCAUGCAGAGGCUGCAGCGCUUGCAACUGCUUAAUCCGCGACAGUCCUCCAGUGAUGACACAGACAGUGAGGAUGAGCCGAGUGAGAACAGUGCAUCGGACCCGGACAUGGAGAGCUACGAUUGUCUGCAGCCGAUGACGUCGGCUAAACGACGGAAGCUGCUCAAGGAGGCGGGCGUGAAAAUUGAGCCUAAUGAGAAGAACGUGUGCGACGUGAUACGUUUCUCCAGAAAGCUCUGCGGAUGCGACUGCAAAGGUUACUGUGAUCCUGACACGUGUUCCUGCAGCCAGGCAGAGAUUAAGUGUCAAGUGGACAAGCCAGAUUUCCCGUGCGGCUGCACUCACGACGGAUGCGCAAAUCGCAUGGGUCGAGUGGAGUUCAACUCGGAUCACGUGCGGACGCAUUUCAUCCACACGAUGAUGCGACUGGAUCUAGAGCAGAGACAGCUGGUGGAGCAAGAGGAUCGUUUGCCGGAGGUGAUUGCGAAAAUUCCUCAAACUCAAUAUCCAGAUGAUCUGCUGACAACCACAGUGGCCAUCGAUGAGCCCCGGAUUCCGCAAUACUAUCGCGACGAUAUUGGGGACUAUCCAGACAGCACCAGCUACCUGUCCCAGCCCGAGUAUCCCGUGCUGAUUCCGGAACAGCAAGAAAAUGUGGUGCAUCUUCAAACUCAGGAAGUGGGUCCAGUGGUUCCGUUUGCCGGUGACCAACAGUAUCCGGAAGAUAUCCCAGCGACCACCAUGGAACCUCCGCGAAUAGCACAUUACGAUUACCGCAUCGGACAGUAUCCGGUGGAGGAGUCGCUGAACAAUGCAAACUAUCUGCCUCAGCAUGAGUAUCCACCGGUGAGCGUGGACUACGGAGAGCCUCAACUUCUCCACCUCACGCCCAACAUGUACGAAGAAGAGCGCUUUCCGUGCUCUGGCGACUUCACCAAUGCCUCUAGCCACCAAAUCACGCAUCCCUGCACGCUGCCACAGGCCAGCGCUGCUGAUCACCUCUUCGUCAGUCUCCCUCAACCCGCCUUCUCAACCGCCAAGGAGUUGCUGGAUGCUUCGCUGCCGUUUGAUGUGUAGA